CUCUUCCUCAGUGCAACACCGAAGCACCGCUCAUACUGCUGCGGCAUCUCAUCCCCAACAAUCUCCCUCGCAAGACAGCGCUCGCGAUGUCUGGCGUCCAAUACACCGGUUCCCGGAAGGGGACCCCUCCAUUUCCUACUAGGCAGAUGACAAUCUUGGCAUUAUGCCGAAUCUGCGAACCAAUUGCGUUCAUGUCGAUCUUCCCGUACGUCUAUUACAUGAUCAAAGAUUUCGGGAUCACCAAAAACGACUCUGAAAUCUCGGUGUAUGCGGGCAUGGUCACAUCUGCGUUCGCCUUUGCAGAGUUCUCGUCGGGCGUCGCAUGGGGAAGACUGAGUGAUAGGAUCGGACGAAAACCAGUCCUGCUCACAGGACUGGCAGGAACGGCGCUGAGCAUGUUGAUCUUCGGGUUUGCGCCCAGUUUUCCAGUUGCACUGCUGGCACGAGCAUUGGGAGGACUUCUGAAUGGGAAUAUCGGGGUUUUACAAACGACGGUCGCGGAGAUGGUCACGGUCAAAGAACACCAGCCCCGCGCUUAUACAAUCAUGCCAUUCGUGUGGUGUCUCGGAUCCAUCCUGGGGCCAACACUGGGAGGCGCAUUGGCUCGACCCGUUCUUGGGUAUCCCACCAUUUUCGCCGCAGGAACCAUCUGGGAUCGAUUUCCAUAUCUGCUGCCCAAUCUGGUAUGCACGGUCAUUGUGUCUUGUGGUGUGGUCAUUGGGAUUCUGUUCCUCGAGGAAACUCAUGCCGAGAAGAAAUUUCGACACGAUCCCGGGCUGGCAGCCGGGAAAUGGAUCCUGAGCAAGUUCACACGAUGUGCUGCGAACCUGAAAGCAUCUCGAUCGGAGAAGGUGGAAGAUCUCGAUGAGAUUCGGGCUCUGUUGGGUGAGGAGCAGCCACCACCAGGAUAUCGCACGGCAGAAGGAUCACCCAAGCUGCCGUCCACCCCAUCUCCCGAACCGCAAGAAUCGUUGGAUUUGAAUGCUUCGCAUAUGGUGACAAGGUCGAAGCCGGCUGCAACAAAUGCAUUUACGAGACAAGUCGUUUUGAAUAUUGUCGGCUAUGGCAUCUUGGCUUACCACACCAUGACUUUUGAUGCGAUGCUGCCAACACUCCUGAGUACGCCACCACCAGAAAACCCCGAAUGGAAUCUUCCCUUCAAGUUUGUCAGCGGAUAUGGCCUCAGUCCCAAGGAGAUUGGAGUCAUCAUGUCCGUUCAGGGUAUCUAUUCCAUGUUUGCGACCAUUGUCCUCUUCCCGAUCAUUGUUCGCCGUCUGAGUGCCCUAGGUCUUUUCAGACUUAUUGCUCUUUCUUAUCCGAUCCUCUACAUGACGACGCCUUAUUUUGUCUUGCUUCCGGAUUCCAUGCGGAUGGCUGGUGUUUAUGCUUUGGUCGUCUGGAAAUGUACCUUUGCAACACUGGCUUACCCGAGUAAUGCGAUCCUACUCACCAACUCAGCACCAUCUCUUCUGAUGCUGGGUACCAUCAAUGGCGUUGCUGCGUCCACAGCCAGUCUUUCUCGAGCUUUUGGUCCCACUGUGUCUGGCUUCCUCUUUUCUGCUGGAUUGGGCUUGGGAUACUCUGGCUUGGCAUGGUGGUGCAGCGCCGUGAUUGCUGUGGCCGGUGCGAUCAUCAGCUUGAGCAUGACCGACAAAGGGGGACGCAUGGACGUCGACGAGAAGAGUGACGAAGAACAAGAAGCCAGCUUCGAGGACCACAUCCUGGACCACAACGCUUUAGACUCCGCCAUUGUUGCGGCGGAACCCCGAUCAGAGACCGACACGAUAGAACAGACCAUCAAGUGAUGUUUUCUCUCACGAGAAACUUGAUGGCGAGCGACUCGUCGAUAUCUUCAAUUCUAUUUUUCUUCUGGAGGACAUCUGUAUAAAAUAUCUACAUUCUAGUUUUAGCUUCGUCCUCUUUCUUAGUAGUUAGAUAUCCCUAUGCUUGCUUUGCUCUUUUCAGCGUUGCUUCACUCAAAAAAAUCGUUCGGCGCAACUGGAAACACAAAAUACCGGAAAGGGGAAUAUCGAUAUCAGGACAACGCUGCGUUGCG